AUGAGUUCCGAAAUUAACAAGCUUUCCAAUUUGGUGUCAAAUCACUUGAAGAUUGUUGAUAAGAAAAUCACGGGAAAUGAACAAUUUCAUUGGAAUAGACUCAAAAGAACUCCUCAAAUACUAAAACAAAAAAUAAAGUUUGCUGCCGGCUCUUACACUGUUGAUCAAACGUUUAAUGAAUUGGACGAGGAGCUUAUUGCAAUUGAAGCUUCUAUCAAAAAGUUGCUGAAGUACGCAAAGGUAUUUGGUGAAAGUAUGAAUCAAAUAUUGUCCAACUCAGUGGGCUCAGCAGAAAGUUUUCAGAACUUAAUUGAUCCUUACACCAAUUUGAAAAACGACAGUCAAAUCUUAGACGAUGCGUAUACAGCUUGGUCCAAAAUUACCAAAUAUAAGCAUAAAGUUAAAGAUAUUUUUGUUGAAACUGAAAUUGACCAUUUGGUAUCGUCUGUUGAAAAAAAAUUACUGGAAAUAUGUAAAAUUUACAAUGCUGUCUUCAAAAAGAUUGAAUUGCGGAAAACCGCAUUGUUGGAUUACGAUAAAGUUUACAACGACCAUGAAUCAUUAUUGCUAAAACAGGAGCAAAGUGAACUCACAUUGAAACAAAACAACCAACUUUAUUCUUUAGAAAGAAAACUUGAAGACACCAAAACAAGAUAUACAAGGAUAAAUUCAUUAUUGGUGAGAGAACUACCACUUUUGAUAUGUUUCACCCAAGAAGCAAUGGGAUAUGUUCAAGCUCAUAUUUACUACGUCCAUUUAACUUUCUGCUAUCAAGUUUCUGAAAGAAUCAAAGAACACGACUUAAUUGAAAAUGAUGUGAACAAAAUUGUUAGCGAUUUUUUGCUCAAGAAUGAUCCCAUUGUUAAAGAAAUAGAAACAUCCAUAUUGGCUCCACAUCAAAUAGACUCAAACAAUGAUUAUGCUAAAAUUAACGAAUCAUACUGCUAUGCGUUACAUGAUUUUGCUGGAGAAGAAGAGUCAGACUUGCGGUUUUCCAAAGGAGACAAAAUCAAGAUUCUUGUGGGGAAUGGAACCUGGUGGGAAGGUCAGUUACAUGGAAAAAUAGGACAAUUUCCUUCCAACUAUGUCCAAUUAGUCUAA